GCGCAGUAGUACAGAGGACGCUGAAACUGUGCUGUUGCCGUUCCACCUCGUGUCACACUGAAGCAGCCUGCAUCCUGACGGAAACAAAGAACAGCACAAUAUCUGUCUGAACACCUCGGCAGAAUUAGGUGGACGAUGAACAUGUCUGGCGGCGCCCCAGGGGAGGAGCUCACGGAUGAGGAGAAGGAGAUCAUCAACAGCGUGCUAGCUCGCGCAGCCAUGAUGGAGGCCAUGGAGCAAGAGAGGAUUGAGCGUCUUUCCAGUCGUUUGGAUAACAUCAAAAAGACAGCAUGUGGCGAUGGAGAGUCCCGCUGUCUGCUGUGUGGUGCGUCUUUUGGACCACAGGGGGUCACAGCUGUCCUCUGUGUGCAGUGCAACAAACAUAUGUGUACAAAGUGUGGGAUUUGGAGCAACAGCAGGACAUGCCCUAUGUGGUUGUGCCGGCUCUGCAAUGAACAGCUGGAGAUACAGAAGCGUUCAGGAGCUUGGUUCUUUAAAGGAAGAGACCAACAGAGUCUGCCUGCCCCCCUGACUCUGUCCGGACAUCGACAGUCCAGCACAGAGAACUGCUCUACUGCAGGGAGCCACAGUGGAUCACAGGAACCUACAGUGCAUCAUCGGGAAUAUGAGCUCAGUGCAGAGCCACAGCACCACAGGUCUUUUGGAUCCGAACAAUGUGAACAGACAGCAAAAACAACAGCUGACAGUUGUAAUGAGAGUCAUUCCCAUCCAGCAGCAGUAAUGAAGACAGCGAGACAUGUGCUAGCCUCCAAACCACCUCAGGCAAACACAAAGCAGAUGACCCCUACCUCAGAUGUGGAGAACAAUCACUCAGAAAGGGAGCAGACAUUGUCCCAACCAACUGUGGAGGAAAAAAGAAAACCUGCUGUCUCUGGCGCUCAAGUGCCUGCCUCCAGAGUUAUUCCACCUGUUAACCCACCUGCCAACAACCCUGCACCUCCCACCAGACCCCCACCAGAUCGAACAGUGGAAGAGGACAAUGACUAUGACUCAGAUGAUGCCACCACUCUGGGAUGUCUGGAGUUCAGCCUACUUUAUGAACAGGAGAACCAUGCUCUACACUGCUGUAUUGUUAAAGCUAAGGGUUUAAAGCCAAUGGAUUCAAAUGGACUUGCAGAUCCGUAUGUUAAGCUACACCUGCUACCUGGAGCCAGUAAGUCCAACAAGCUUCGUACCAAGACACUUAAAAACACCUUGAAUCCUGUUUGGAAUGAAACCCUAGUCUACUACGGCAUCACAGAUGAAGAAAUGUCACGUAAAACCCUCCGGCUUUCAGUGAGUGAUGAGGACAAGUUUGGACACAAUGAAUUCAUAGGAGAGACACGAGUGGCCCUGAAGAAACUGAAAUUUAAUGAGAAGAAGAACUUCAGUGUUUGUUUGGAGAGAGUGAUCCCAGUGAAGAAGGCUGUAGGAGGAUCAAUCCGUGGCAUGGCUCUUUAUGAGGAUGAUCUAAAAGAAGGUGAAAACUCAGAGGAGAGGGGACGUAUCUUGGUAUCACUGAUGUACAACAGUCAGCUGAGUCGUUUGAUAGUAGGCGUGGUCCGAUGUGCUCACCUGGCUGCCAUGGACUCCAAUGGAUACUCUGACCCGUUCGUCAAAGUAUACCUGAAGCCAGAUAUGGGAAAGAAAGCUAAAAACAAGACACAGAUAAAAAAGAAGACCCUUAAUCCAGAGUUUAACGAGGAAUUUGGUUAUGAAAUAAAGCAUGCUGAACUUGCCAAGAAAACCCUCGACAUCUCAGUCUGGGACUAUGACAUGGGGAAAUCCAAUGAUUUUAUUGGGGGGUGUCAAUUAGGGAUCCAGGCUAAAGGAGAGUGUUUGAAGCACUGGUACGAAUGCCUCAAGAACAAAGACAAGAAGAUUGAGCGCUGGCAUGUUCUUCUAAAUGACAACACCACUCAGUUUGAGGAUUGAAACGUAAAAUCUUUCACCCUUCUCUGUAUUUUCUUUUCUGUAUCACUCUGUAAAAUAUUGUCUUCCACUGAGUCCGGGUAGACAAAUAUUAUCCUCUUGCUUUCAGAGUAGUUUGUUGUAGUUUAUUAAAGCUCUGUUUCCAGCAUUUUUUUUUUUUUUUUUGACCAACAUGGAUGUUAACCUUUACGCUUUUUGUCAAAAGGAGUUUACCAUAUCAUAAACUGUAUCAGAUAAUAAACAAAUCCUCUGACAUGCAGUAAUGUUUGAACUGAUUAUCAGGUUUUAUGAACAAGAUAAAAACCCUUUAUAAUCGUCAUGUUAUAAUGAAGUGUGCCUCCACUCAGACCCAGCAGGGGGAAUUUCCCAGUUUUCUGCUUCUCACUUGUUCUCUCCACGUUUUGAUUGAUUGAUUUGAAACAUUAACACAGUACAUAUACCCCCCCCACACACAGCCUAUACUGAUGUAACUCUAUUGCAAAAACAGUAUAUACACAACUUACACAUAAUGAUAUUGAUAUGUAUCCCUGUCACAUAAGGUCAUGUGUUAUCAGCUGAUUUUUCCACAUUGUUUAUGUGUGUGUUAUCAAUAUUAUUUCCUUGUGUUGUUGUACAUAUUCAUUGUGCAUCUGUUAAAUAUUAAGUUGGGCGCUAAAAUGACGUGAACAAUCAUUCUUUUUGCUGUGACAUGCAGAUAACACGCUGGUCUUCAUAUCGCUGUGGUCUGUGCAUCGUCUUCACCUGUGCAUGUGGGAGACAUUUAAAGGCCUAUAAUGCUUCUGCAUGAGAGUAUAAUAUUAUUAUUUUAAGAAAGAAAUUUGAUUAUGCAGUGGCAGUUAGGGUGACCAGCAAUCUAAAUGUAGGGAAAAGAGUAUAUUUGUGUGGCACAAUGCAGGAUAAGUUACCAAGACUACAAUUCUGAAUGCAGUUUCCCCAGCUUGCUUUCUAAUUAUAUGAAUAUAAGAAUAAGUGGAAGCUUAAGUUUCUUUUUAUGGUCUUUGCACGCUCAUGUAGUCCCCUUUUCUGUCACAAUAACAUUUAAAAGUAUUAACUGUAAUUUGGUUUAAUUUAAUUUAAUUCAUUUUAAACCCAAAGAAUUACUAAGGGUUAUACUUUGGCGUUCAAAGUGUGUAACUCACAGGUGUUGACUUUAAUCAACCAUAACCAAUAAAAAUUUGGUAUAUUAUCUCAAUAUGUGAAUAUGUAGAAGGAUGGAAUAAGAGAUAAGGGCUUAAGUAAGGGUUCCACUUUAUGUACAAUGUCACAUAAAGGGGAGCAUCUGGUCACCUGAGUGGAAGAAGACAUUUUUUGGAAAGUAAGGAAAUAUUUCUCCAGAGGUAUAUCUGAUACACAUAUGCAGGCUAAAUGUUUUCUGCUCCAUAUUCAACAUUUUCCCAUCUGUACUGAUACUGAUGCAUGUCUGAACUUCUACUGUAGCAAACACAUGGCUAAUAAAUAAAAACAUGAUGAAACUUG